AUGAAGGUGUUGAGAGGUGAAGGUGUAUUGAUCAAACCCUGUGCGGGUAAAGAUCAACGUAAGCUUGUUGAACUGAGCAAUUUCGAUUUGAUUGCACACCCAAUGUUCAACAAGGUGGCUUAUGUUUUUGAAGCUCCCACCCCAACCUCAGAGGUUUUGAAGGAAGGACUGGCCAAAGUUCUGGCAGAGUUCAGAGAAUGGGCAGGGAGAUACACGAAAGAAACAACCAAUGGCUGCCUUGGUAUCAAUCUGAAUGAUGAGGGUGUGCUUGUGAUAGAAGGCGAAGCAGAUGGGACAAUAGCAGAUGCAAUGCCCUUUCAUCCCUCUGAAUUCCUCCUUGAGUUGAUACCACCCACACCCACCAUGGUCGUUGAGCUCUUACUCUUGCAGUUUACUCAAUUUGCUUGUGGAGGAUUGGUGAUAGGCCUAGCUAGUCAUCAUUAUGUUGCAGAUGGACAAGCAGCUACUUUUUUCAUUAAUUCAAGGGGAAAAGUUGUUAGAGGAGAGAGUAUUCUACCUCCGGUAAAUGACCGGUCUCUAUUGAAAGCAAGAGAUCCUCCCCAACCAUGUUUUGAUCAUUGUGAGUAUAAUACUAUGACCCAUGAACAAUUUCCAAUAAUGUCGAGUCUAAUCACAAAAAAGUUUCAUUUUGAUGCAAUAUUCUUAGAAAAACUCAAGUCAAAGGUAAAUGGAUCUGACAAAUUAAAGAAACCCUAUACUACUUUUGAGAUCCUUGUUGCCCAUAUGUGGAAAUGCAUUACAAAAGCUCGAGGGCUUGAUGAGGAUGUAAAAACAAAAGUUAGCAUUCCAGUGGAUGGAAGAAAAAGGUUGAAUCCUCCCUUGCCUCAAGGAUACUUGGGCAAUGUUGUCUAUGAAUCAGGUGCUCAAACUAUUGCAUCAGAAAUCAUAAAUGGGUCUUUAGAAUUUGUUGCAGAGAUAACCCACAAGGCAGUUACUAAGGUUGAUGAUAAUUUUUUACGUUCAACAAUUGAUUUUUUUGAGCUAAGGAAGGAAACCUUGGGGCCAACGAGCCUUAAUCAUGGAACUGAUGUGAUACCAUUGAGUUGGAUGAAAUUUCCAAUAAGUAAUUUUCAUUUUGGAAUGGGAGAACCAUUGUAUGUAGGCCCUUCAUUGAUGCCCAUUGAAGGUCUUAUAAUAUUUUUUGAUUCAUACAAUCAUUUUGGGGGUGUAGAAGUUGUGGUUUGCUUGCCAAAAGUACAUAUGGAUGUACUCGAACAUACUGGGCUCAACAUUUGA